CCGAGGGUCGGGGCACGCGUCCUCGUCCCCGCUGCCCGGCCAGGCCCACGGAGCCGCGGUCCACCCUGCGUGUCCCCCGCCGCUCGGCCGCGCGAGAACUGUCCUGGCGCCGGAUUUCCUCUCCUGGGGAGUUUGCCUUGUGACUGCCCGCCCGUUAUCCGAUACUGAUUCGAUAGGACCCCAACUGUAGAAACAGGACAUGGAUCAUCUAGCUGUGAGCGCACCGGUCAGGAAAGCCGGCAGAGGUCCUAAUCUGAAGGAGUGGCUGAGGGAGCAGUUUUGUGACCAUCCGCUGGAGCACUGUGAGGACACGAGGCUCCAUGAUGCAGCCUACGUGGGGGACCUGCAGACCCUCAGGAGCCUGUUACAAGAGGAGAGCUACCGGAGCCGCAUCAACGAGAAGUCUGUUUGGUGCUGUGGCUGGCUCCCCUGCACACCACUGCGAAUUGCGGCCACUGCUGGCCACGGAAACUGUGUGGACUUCCUUAUCCAGAAGGGGGCCGAGGUGGAUCUGGUGGACGUAAAGGGACAGACUGCCCUGUAUGUGGCUGUGGUGAACGGGCACCUGGAGAGCGCCCAGAUCCUCCUUGAAGCCGGUGCUGACCCCAACGGAAGCCGGCACCAUCGCAGUACCCCCGUCUACCAUGCCUCUCGCGUGGGCAGGGCUGACAUACUGAAGGCCCUCAUCAGAUAUGGGGCUGAUGUUGAUGUCAACCACCACCUGACCCCGGACAUCCGGCCCCCGUUUUCCCGGCGCCUCACCUCCUUGGUGGUCUGCCCCUUGUACAUCAGCGCGGCCUACCACAACCUCCAGUGCUUCAAGCUGCUUCUCCAGGCUGGGGCGAACCCUGACUUCAACUGCAACGGUCCUGUCAACACACAGGGCUUCUACAGGGGCUCCCCCGGCUGCGUCAUGGAUGCCGUCCUGCGUCACGGCUGUGAGGCAGCCUUUGUGAGCCUGCUCGUAGAGUUUGGAGCCAACCUGAACCUGGUGAAGUGGGAAUCCUUGGGCCCAGAGUCGAGAGGCAGAAGGAAAGUGGACCCCGAGGCAUUGCAGGUCUUCAAAGAGGCCAGAAGUGUCCCCAGGACCUUGCUGAAUCUGUGCCGUGUGGCUGUGAGAAGAGCUCUUGGCAAAUACCGACUCCAUCUGAUUCCCUUGCUGCCUCUGCCGGACCCCAUAAAGAAGUUUCUACUUUAUGAGUAGAAUUCGAGCGCAGCCGUUGGUUGCAGUGAGGAAGAAGGUGAUCUGCAGUGACAGCUGACACUGACUCCCGCCCCUGUGAACCACAUCCCAGGCUGCUGGCUCAAUCCCAUUUGGCUGUUGGUAGAGCAGGAACGGCUCUGGAUUGUAAUUCCAGCUCAGGGGCUUGGGGCAUCAGACAGUCCUUGGGUCAUUGUCAGCCGAGAGGCUCAUACAAAACUUAAUUUUGUUCUUCCUCAAUAUCUCUGUUUUGGAUUUUCACAGUUGCAUAUUAAUGAAAGGGGCCUUGAAAUGGGUGCAGGUAGGGCUGAGGUUGGAGGCCUGCUAAUAGCCCCAGGAAGGAAGACUCCUAGCACUUUCCAGAACUGCGCUUCUGUUUAUUUUUUUACUUCUCAAUUUAAUUGUUCAAUUAAAGCCUUCUAAUACCUAAAUGAAAAGGGAGUUUUGGUAAAAAAGUAGAGUACAGAAAUGCAGUUCAUGAACUUGCUAGUUUGUUUUCCCUGCUCCUGGGGUUGACAUGUGGCAUUUGUCAUACACACACCCCUUCUUUGCCACUUCAGUGUUCCCUCCUAGUGGUGAGAGUGUCAUGUUAAUUGUCUUCAUUCAAGGAUGGUUUUCUGGCUGCAUGGAUUGGUUAUGUUAUCUCAGAGUGCCUGCAUUUAUUCAAAAUCUAGAGAGGUAACACUCAAAGUUCCACUGCACUGCACCUGUUCUGAUACCUGCCUGUGCCUAGCAUCAUGCCACCAGGUCUCAUGAGUUCUCUGCCAUUUCACUCGGGGGAGCUUCCAGACGGUGAUUGAUUUUAGGAGGCCCACAUCGAAUAGCCAGUAAUUGACUGCCUACAUUUGGACCAAGGACCGUCCAACAGCAUUCACUGCCAGUUCUAAUGGAAGAAAAUACCUGCGGCGCUCUCUCUUGGUGCCUGUGCAUAUCAGAAAGUGGAAAUUCACUUGUCCUCAGCAUGGUUCCAAGCUUUCAGUGUCCACUGGAUAAAAUAUCUGGUGGUUGGUUGAUUGCUCUUCACUUUUUUGGAACUAAUGUCUUGGGAGUUGCUCCUGGAACCUAAGGAAAGGGAUAGCACUGAGGUCAGACGUCUUCCCCUGGCCUGUCGGGGUGGUGAGGGGUGAGAGAGAGGACUUAGGUUGUCAUCCCCAAGUCGUGGGCCGUGGCCGGGCUCACUCACACCCUGGCUAUGUGGCCAGGUGUGUGGCUGUGUCAGCGGAGGUGGGUCCAUGGCUGCAGGUGCUGCUGUUUCCAGAGAGACCACAUCUGGUAAUUUGAAGCCUCUGAGGACUAUUGUGUGGAUCCAUGGUGAUUUUUACCUGUAGAACUGUUUAGAAAUGGGCAGAUUUCAAAUCUGUAUUUAGAUUUUCUGUAAUAAGAGAAAUCUAAUUUGUAACAAUUGAACUAAUUGAGCAAUUAGGGGUUUAUUUAAUUAUUAACAUCAUUCUCUGUUUUAGCCGACCAGACAGGGCCCAUCUGGUCAUUGUCUUCUGCGGCCCGAGGAUAGAAUUCUAAACCUCACCUCCUGUGUUAUGGAUGGGCUCUGCUGGAAAGCCAAGCUGACCGAUAUAUCUGUGUAUGAGGUCUGAGGGAAGAAAAGUCUUCUGAGGAUUCAGAGGGGAAGGUGCAAUCAUUGGAGGCUUUCCUCAGCUGAAGUGACACCAGUACAAGCUGUGACCGUUGCAUAAAUGUGGGAUGGCUUCCUGAGGCCUGAGUGGGCUGUGUGCCGCUCCUGAAGGACUGGGAGCCUGGUUGGCUGGGUGCAUUCAGAGCUCAGGGCAGUCCUGUUGAAGUCAGGAGAGUCUUCCUGAGAGAGGAGAGGAGCUGUAGGUGGGGGUGGCUGAUGAGGGCCAUUGCAGCCAGAGCCAGGUGCUGCGGGGGCUUCAGCCCAGGAGGGAGGUUAGGGGUGUUCUUCGUGGCACUCAAGGUGGAACCAGGACCAAAAUUGGACUGUGGCCGGGGCAGGAACUAUGGGGAGAUGGGGCUCCGCCUGGAUGUAGGGAGCGGUUGUGUGGAAGUUUGAGCCACCUGUAGGUGGAUUGGGCCACUGGAGGGGGCUUCAUGCCACUGGAGGUGUGAGUAGUGGCUCGUCACCUUGGUGAGAGGAGUUUCAGGAGUGGGUGGUUAGUGUACGUUUUAAGCUUUUCCAACUCUAGGUCCCCUGUUUCUGCUGCCCUUUUGGCUCGGGUUCUUUCCAGGUGAGCCGUGUCGUAGACCUGCAGCACGCUCUGAGUCUGCCUGCUGGGUGCUUUCUGCUGGGGCCUGUGAAGGACAGGGUCUCCCCAUGCCUGCCAGUGGUAGGAGGGUGGCUCUGUUCUUGAACCUUCUGGAAAGCAGCACCUGGGAAUGCUGCCAGUGCAGGAGUCCCACACACAUGGGCACGACCUUCAGGCUGCAUGGAGGCAAGGGCCCAGGACCGCGCCCAGCACCGAGUGGGCGUCAGGCUCCUUUGCCCCGUGAAGCAGGUGUAGGGCUUGUUUCUGGGGCAUUGAACCGUCUCUCCAGGGUCUCUAUGAGGAAUGGACUGAGUUGAUCCUCAUUGUUGGGCCUCACCCCGGGCCUGGCCAGGGAGGUAGUGUGAGUGGGGAGAGGAUGAGCCAGGGCGUAGGACCUCUCCUGCUCUGGCCCUGGAGCAUGGUGUGCUCUGGGCUGGUCUGCAGGGGGCUAGGCCCUCAGCUCUUCUUUUGCAGAGAACACAUCGGCUUCCUCUUUGUUCAGCCAGCCUGUGCUGAUUUUUUUGGAAUCCCAGCAACUUGGAGGUUCAUCUUCUAGUUUGAAACUUCAUAGCUGCCGAAUGUAAAUCUGAAAACACUGUAGACAGCUGCUGCAGGCCAUUACUUCUUUUGAGUGACACUUGACUAAAGCUCCCUUUUUCUUUUGUUGGCAAGGAUAGGACACAGAAUAGGAAAGAGUAACUCUCCAUUGGAGCACUUUAUCAAGUCACGUUUCUAGGCCCUGGGAUGCCCAGGUCCCACAUAGUGAGGAACCGUGGUAGUACUCGAUGAGGCUGCUGCCUGGCUGGCCUCGAGCCCUCCCCAGGGAGGGGCAUGAUGGACCAAAGGAAAGGAGCUGAGUGUUUUCCCAGCCCGCUCAUGGGAGUGUCCUGACUGUCACCACUCCUAGGGCGCCUGCUGGCUGUGGACAGACGGGCCAGGGUCGGGGUGGGGUGGGGGGCAGUGUUGAUACCUCUGAGAAUUUGGCAACCUGGGUGGGGCUUCUGAAUAUAUUUCCAAAACCCAUCAAUGUCACACAUAUCUGUGCCUUUCCAUAUUACUUCUGUUAUUUAUGUAUUUAUUUAUUUAUGCCCUAUCUUGUUCCAGAAAAGGGUUUAAGGCUGCCGUGCUUGGUUUUUGACGUUCUCUUUUGACAUCUGAUAAGUUUUAGUCAGCAUGCACUUAUUAAACAGGUAAUUUUAAAGAGAAAGAAUUAGCAAUUUCCUAAUGUUGAAUAUGUUUCUGUUAUCAGGCUUAAGGGCCAUCGUUUUAAGUUUUCUUUUUCCUUCGUUCAUGAAUUGUUUCUUCAAAUAAAAAGUUCAUGCAGAAGUAGGAGGAGGGGAGCAUUCAGCAAACAUAGGACUGAGCAGAGGGAAAUCUGCCUUAGAGAGGAGCGCUCUGUCUGUGCUCUGCUGCCUGCUGCCGCGUGGCUUUGGGCAGGUCCUGUUCAGAGUGCCGGGUGGGCGGCUUCCGGCUGUGCCUUCACCACAGGGCUUUUGUGAGGACACAGGAGAGAAUGUACGUGAAAGCACUUUCUGCUUGAGUCAUCCUUGUGACAUGUAAACUGCUGUCGUUGACUGUUGUCCCUCUUCUCAGUGGAUAUGCAUUUGAGGCGAUGACCUUGCUGGAAGAGCCUGUGACCUUGGAGAUCAGGCUUGACCUGGUUGCCCCAUGGGGCAGCAAAAGUCAUGGGGACCCACACCACGGGGCUUGCGCACAAAGGGCUCUGCAGGUCAGAAGUGUAAGACACAUGUUAAAUAAUUUAUGAAGUCAAGUUUGUUCAGCUUAAGGGGUUGUCUUUUAUUCUGAGAUUAUGUCCUUCCUAAUUUGGGUCAUAAGAUGUCUUUUUAGGUAUAAGAAAGGUUAACAGAGGGCAAAUUUUUACUUUUUAAAAUGUUCUUGGUUGCAAAACAAAAUGUUGGCUACCCUUUUUCAAGCCCCAGAAUUUCUCUUUAAGUUUGCCAGUCUCUGAAAUCCCAAAGAUGGAGACCCACUCUCUAGCUAUGGUGUAUGUUUACGUCGUGAGAAAUUCCUCUUGGAUUCUUAAAACCGCCGGUACGGUGUUGAAGGGAAUCGCAGCUUCUGCUGUCUGGUAGUCUGAGCACAAGCUCUGAGGUCACUGUGCGGUGUUAGGAAGCGCGGGCUUGUGUCCUGGAGGUGACCCAGCAAACAUCCCUGCGCUGACAGGCCUCUGGCCACUUCUGAAUCUGUGAGAGACACUCCCAGGAAGUUUGUGUGCCCUUCUCAGUGAGGACUGCCCUUUACGUCAGGCCGUGGGCACCUGCGGCUCCCUGAAUGUUGGUGAUGGCGCUGGGGGUGGGUCUUCUGGCGCUGGGGCUGCAGGCUUCUGCUUUUGCUCCUUUGGCCGCCUGCCAGGCACUCAGUGACCAGUCCUGAGUGGUCUGGAUUCCCCGCCAGCUUGGAUCUCCCUCCUCAAGGUGCCUCGUUUGGACAGGUGACCUCUCUCUCCCUGGCUCACUUAGGCCUCACUUCUCUCCUCCCUCACUCCCCCCGCCUGCCUGCCUUGGUGGGAAAUAAAAUAACUGAUACGCAUGCAUCAGUGGUUAGUGGGAUCAUGUCCCAGGAGAACUCCACGGGAGGGACAUGCAGGUUUCGAAGUGCAGUGAUGUGCUGAAUACAUACUAUACAUUCUAGGCCGGUAAAAUGGAGAAGUGGGUGGGGGAAGGGUGACUUUUGUUGCCUUAACAUGUAAUUGCUCAGUGUCUGGAAUGCAUGGUCAUUCUUUCUUUUUUUAAGUUGCUUUAUUUUCAGAUGUCUUAGGUGUACCAAGUAAUGUAUGAAUGUGCCUAAACUAGUUUGAGUGUGGUGUUGAUGAACACAGCUCUCUUGUAUGUAUGAAAUCACAGUUUGUAGCUAUAGUUUAGCCAGCAGUGCCCCUGCUCUGCCCUGCAGUGUUUGCACAGCUCACACUGCUCCUGUUUGGUGUUGGGCACAUCAGGUGUGACACACACAUGUGCCUGUGUGCCUGGAGACAUGCUGAAGAGAAUGCUCACCGUUGACCCUCAGUUUCUCCUUUCUGCUUUGAGAAUGAAUGUGUGUGUGCCCACAGCAGCGGGGACCAUGGCUGUUCUUGCACUUGGGCGUGGUUAAGAGCUUUCAAAAAUAUGAUGGACGUCUUUGAUAUGUUAUUGUAACUUUAAUAAAUGCUUUAUUCCCCUUUAAUUCCCCCAAAUGCCUUAAUUUUGUGGACUGGUUAUGUUAAUGGGUAGAAAAAUUGGUCACGUGAAAUCUUUGUUAUACACAUUUCAGGUAUAAGCGACUGGCUCUUUGGAAAGUUUCUAAUGCUUUGGCUAGAAGGACUUAACUAAAACAGGGGUUUUGAAGUGCUCUGAGGGACCUUGGUGCUCCAGGGAGGUACCCAAAAUCUUGCACAAGUUUAAACUGCCAGUGAGCCUCUUUUACUUAGUGGGGUUUCUGGUUUGAAGAGUGUGUGUCCCUAAAAGUGUUUGAAACCCAUGGCUUUCAAGCAAGGUGACCUUGUCCCUACAGUGCUCUGUGGGGUGGGGAGGUGGUAGAGACUGUGAGAAGACCAUUGUUUCUGGGACCCUGUUAUACAUGACUUAUUUUGACAGUGGAGGGUGAGGUGUGAAGCUUUGGGAUGAACCCAGGAAUGACUGAACUAAAUAAAGACAUUUAUUCAUCUCAGUGGCUCCCUAGCAUGUCUCUA